AACUGUCACAGAACCUCACCGAGUUUUACUGUAUCAUGAACGGCGAUUUCACCGACAAAGGGCAGCUGGAGAAAGAUGGCAGCAGCCGUACCCCGAUCGAUGUUAGACUGGUGCCGGUAGUCGCACCUGCAUUGUCACCGCUGCCAGUCAUAUACAUCGAGGAGUUUUCUGACCUAGUCCUGAUUCGGGCUGUGAUCCAGAUUGUAACAGAAGGAGAUGACGGCGUUGUCUACACGGUCCCACACAACUUCAAGGGAAACACAGACAUCAAACCUGGGACUUUCGAUGUGAGCAAGAUUAAGUCCUUAACCCCGGCUGAUCUUCAAGGACGGCAAGAGUGUAAAGACGUCUUCGUUCGUACCCAGCAGCUCGUUUUCAGUGUUAACUAUGCUUUAUGUAACAAGGAGGCAGUAAACGGGCAACACGCAUCUUAUGGAGCCACGAUAACCUGUGACGAAGAUGACACACUUGUCCCCGCGGGUGCUCCUGAGAAGUCGACUCUUGUUCCGUACCGAAUCAGACGCCAUGGACAAAAGUACCCACUGGAGGAUGCUCCUGGCAAUUAUGUUUGUAACUGUGAUAACUCAAGUGACUGA